AUGAAUAGCAUCAACAGCAACAACAACAACAACGAGAACAACAAGAACAACUGCAAUGCGCCCGGCCUAUCGGCAGUUAAAGCCGUGCAGCUACUCAGCCAGAAAAACUGGACGCGCUCAGUUGCAAGGAGCAGCCGCAGCAGCAGCAGCAGCAGCAGAAGCCGCAGCAGUGGCAGUGGCAGUAGCAGUAGCAGUCGAGCCGGAGCAGCAGGCAGCAAGGAGGCGCAUUUUGGGAUCGUAGCUGCGGCUGCGGCUGCCGCUGCGGCUGUGCAAAAAUCCGCACAUAAUCUGGCAAAACCAGUAGAACAACAACAAGUCGAUGUGGACGUGGUUGCGGACAUGGAACUGGACAUGGACGUGGAUGCGGACACGGACGCAGCGCUCAGCUCUCAGCUCAUUUAUAAUGGGAAAUACACCUUGAGAACGAAUUUUUAUGCACCGCUGGCAACGACAUCAGCCACAGCCACAGCCACAGUCUCUGCCUCUGCCUCUGCCUCGGCCACCAACUCCAACUCCAACUCCAUCUACAGCGCCGUCUGGUUCACAGUCUCUGAUCUGCCGUUGGGCAUCGUUUUGGUCUCGUCGUGGUCGAGAGUGCAGCAACAGCAGCCGCAGCCGCAGCCGCAGCGAGAGCAAAAAGCAAAAACACAACGACCAAAGACAAAUUCUUGCAGGCAACAGCAGCAACAGCCGCGGCAGCGGCACACAACUCAGACAAAGGCCAAGAAGACGAACACGACGUUGGCGCAGACGAAGACGAAGAUGAAGACCAAGACCAAGACCAAGACGCAGACGAAGACGCUCGCUCAGAGACUCGCCAACAAAACACAAGCCAAAAGGCGGACCAGGAAUUUCGAACAAGAACAAACCAAAGCGACUGGGAAACGGAGUUCGAGUUGCAGAUGA